AUGAACCUGGAGGGCAUGGGCUACUAUCUAGCUUGGGACGCAUUAUGGAAUGCGGCGGCAUCCACCACCGCCCGCCUCACACACCUGGCGAUGUCAGUCCAGAACCUGAGUUUGGUUGUGGGCGUGUUGCGAAGGGCGCCAAAUCUGCGGUAUCUUGCUUUGUUUGGGGGUGAUGAGGAGGACCUGAGGGAGUGGUUGGAACAGGUUGACACCAUCAAGUUUUCGCGGCUUGUCAAGAGGCUCAGUUACGAGAGGCUUGGGGAAGGAUUCAGGCGGUUCGUGGUGUUGGAUAAGGGGAGGAUUGCGGAUGAGGAUUUGGUGGAUUCGGGAGAGCAGGCGCAGUUUUGGUGGAGGGUUGAGGAGUUGAUUGAUGCAGGGUUUUGUUCGGACGUAGGUGAUCGGUGGGAGGAGAAUGAGUUGGGCAAUUUUAGGGUUGUGGGCGGAGAGUUGUCGGCUUUGUAG